AUGAAUAUGAAUGAUAUAACAGUACUCUUUUUGGGACCAGAAGGUACAUAUUCUCAUCAGGCAGCCUUGCAACAGUUCGGUCAACGAGAGGAUGUGCAUGUAAAUUUCGUCCCAACACAAUCCAUUCCUCAAUGUUUCGAAAAAUUAGAAAAUAACCUAUCAAUUGACUAUUCUGUGGUACCUUUAGAGAACUCUACCAAUGGCCAAGUCGUUUUCUCUUAUGAUCUAUUGCGUGAUCUCAUGCAUGCUUCCACUGAACGGAAAUCCAAUCAGAUUAUUACUCCAUUGGAAGUCGUAGGAGAACAAUAUGUAUCCAUUGCACAUUGUCUGAUCUCAGCAUCUCGACUUCCAAAGGAGAUUGAUCCACUUUCGGAAUAUAAGACCAUUAAGAUAUAUUCACAUCCACAAGUAUGGGGCCAAGUCAACGAGUACCUCACUCAUUUGAAAGAAAUCUGUCAAGGAACCAAAUUUGAAUGUAUUGAUACGACAUCUACAUCUGAAGCGGUGAGCAAAAUAAUGUAUGAGAAGAAUUCUGACACAACUACUUUAGAAAUUGCUAUUGCGAGUGAAACCGCUGCACAUUUAAAUAAAGCAUUUAUUCUCGAGCAUGAAAUUAAUGAUAAGAAGGGCAAUACAACGAGAUUUUUGGUCCUCAAGAGGAGAAAUGAUGAACAUGUGAAAACGAUAGGAGCCCCUACUCAAGACCGGGACUUUAUGGAUAUUAACUUAAUGACAUUCACCAUUAAGCAGGAUGAUCCAGGUUCCUUAGUUGAUAUUUUAACGGUACUAAAGGACCAUUCGGUAAAUAUGUGUUCGAUUUCAUCAAGACCUUAUAGCAAGGGUCCAAAAGAUACUAAUUGGCAGUAUAUCUUCUUCAUUGAAUACUAUUACUGUCAAGAAAAUAUUAAUUGGGAAACAUUUUACAAAGAUUUUGACCUUAAAUGUGAAGCGUGGUGCCUUUGGGGGACAUUCCCUAGAAAUGAAAGAUAUUAUAAGUAA